UGUGUGUGUGUUUGGGGGGUGGUGAUGGUGAUGGUGGAGUGGCAGCACACGUCACUGGUGAGGGUGCCUAUAAAUCAUAAGGAAGAGACAAGAGCCAGUCCUCUCCUCCCCUCCCCUCUCUGUGCCUCUCGUCAGCCAAGAGAGCGGGUGCCCCAGCGAACAGAGAGCAUGAGGAGCUCUGAGUGACUGCACACACACACCCACACCCACACACACACUCACACUCACACACACACACUCGCUGGGAUAGGAACAGACUCUGCUACCGGAGCUGCUGCUGCCACUCUCUGUUACUCAGCCUCCGUGCUGAGGACCUGCGGAGGACAUCUCUGUAAACCUACAGCUUCUGCAAGCAACGACACCCACAAGGUCAGUCUCGUCCGCUAUGACCAGGAAAGUGUUCACCAACUCGCGGGAGCGCUGGCGGCAGCACAACGUCAACACAGCCUUCACCGAGCUGCGCAAGCUCAUCCCCACGCACCCGCCCGAGAAGAAGCUGAGCAAGAACGAGAUCCUGCGCUUGGCUAUGCGCUACAUCAACUUCCUGGUGCAGAUACUGGAAGCCCAGAGCGAUGGAGGUGGUGGAGGCAUCCAGCCCUCCGGUCAGUCCCCAGCGUCGCUGCUCAGCUUCCUGCGGGGCAACAUGGAGAGCCUGCAGGCCUCCCGGCCCUGGGCCCUCACCAGUGACACGGAGGCCCCCUCUCCCAGCUCCAGCUGUGACAGCUCUGAGGCCUGGUAGGGCCCGCUAGAGAGCGAGGGAGAGAGAGAGAGAGAGAGAGAGAAGUCCCUGUAAAGCCACAAAGUUCUUUUCAUUUCUGGAGGUCGACUUCAAGGUGACCUCUCUUUAACUGUUAAAGUGAGCAGGAGUGUGCAGAGAAGGAUUGGUUUUUGUGAGGAAUGGAGGACGAUUUGCUGUGGUUUUCAUUUUAUUUACGCACUUGACUUGAAACAUGGACGUCACCUCUACGCUUUUACAUUCACUGUAUUUAUUUCAAGGACACUUUCAUCCAAAGGGACUUCUACAAAGGGCAAGUGUACAUUUUAAUCACUGUGUGUGCGUUCUUCCCGGAAUAGAGCCCUCAACCAUGACUCUGGUACCGCUCUGGUACACCAGUCGAAGGAGGAAAAAACUGGAAACGGGGAAGAUUUUCUUAAUGAUGUGAGACAUUUAAAACCAUCUCUAAAUUAUCUAUUCAAUUUAACUUAAAAAAUAUAUAUAAACAUUUUUAACUGAGAAAUACGAGAUACAUUGACGACCUUAUACACCAGAUUGACCCAGUCCAAUCCCGUGUUUGUGUUAUUUCAUUCUCAUUUUCACAGGACUUGUACCUUGUGACACUGAGUUUUCGUUAGUUUUAUGAUGGUACUGUUGCGGUUCAUUUUAUUACUAAUUUGACAAUCCUACUAAAUUGUGGGUUCAUUUGACACAAGGAUGUUACUUAUUUUUUUGUACAAGUAUUUGUGCUCUUUUGUACAAAUGUCAUAUGGCCAAAGACUAUUAUUUGCCCUUUGUUUUUGUUAUUGUAAUGUAUUUUAUCGUGUUAUGAAAGUGUGUAAAUGUGUAUUGUUUAUUGUUUUUUUAAAACAUAUAAUUUAUUAUUUAUUGUAACUAUUUAUUUGAAACAUGAUUUUAAAAUAAAGAAACUUCUAAA